AUGGCUGUGGCCGUGGCCACCGCCGGGGUCCUAAUGGGCUCGGAGCCUGGCCCCGCGGAAGAGCUCGCUAAACUCGAGUACCUGUCUUUGGUGUCAAAGGUUUGCACGGAGCUGGACAAUCAUUUGGGCAUCAACGACAAGGAUCUGGCUGAAUUUGUCAUCAGUCUUGCUGAGAAAAAUACUACCUUUGAUACUUUUAAGGCUUCUCUGGUCAAAAAUGGUGCAGAAUUCACAGAUUCUCUUAUUAGCAACCUGUUGCGUCUCAUACAAACUAUGCGGCCUCCAGCAAAGCCUUCUACUAGUAAAGAUCCCGUUGUUAAACCCAAAACUGAAAAAGAAAAGCUGAAGGAACUCUUCCCUGUCCUUUGCCAGCCAGACAACCCUUCAGUUCGGACCAUGUUGGAUGAAGAAGACGUGAAAGUCGCUGUGGAUGUUUUGAAAGAGCUGGAAGCUUUAAUGCCCAGUGCAGCAGGCCAAGAGAAACAAAGAGACACUGAGCACAGGGACAGGACAAAGAAGAAGAAGAGGAGUCGGAGCCGAGAUCGUGAUCGAGACCGGGAAAGGGACCGAGACCGGGACAGAGACCGUGACAAGGACCGAGAACGAGAUAGAGAUCGAGAUAGAGAUAGAGACCAUAAGCGGAGACACCGAUCACGCUCUCGGUCACAUUCUAGGACCCGGGAGAGGGCUAAGGGGAAAUCUAGAUACAGGUCUAGGAGCAGAAGUCAGAGUCCCUUCAAAGAUCGGAAAGACCGGGAAAAGUAUGGGGAGAGGAAUCUGGACAGAUGGCGGGAUAAGCAUGUGGACCGCCCUCCUCCUGAAGAGCCUGCCAUUGGAGACAUUUACAAUGGCAAAGUGACCAGCAUCAUGCAGUUUGGCUGCUUCGUGCAGCUGGAAGGCCUAAGGAAGCGGUGGGAAGGCCUGGUGCACAUUUCUGAGCUUCGACGGGAAGGUCGAGUGGCCAAUGUGGCUGAUGUUGUGAGCAAAGGCCAGAGGGUAAAGGUCAAAGUUCUGUCCUUCACUGGGACCAAGACCAGCCUGAGCAUGAAGGAUGUGGAUCAAGAAACAGGAGAAGAUCUAAACCCAAACAGACGCAGAAAUCUGGUUGGGGAGACCAACGAAGAGACGUCGAUGCGGAACCCAGACCGACCCACCCACCUCUCCCUCGUCAGUGCUCCUGAAGUAGAGGACGACUCACUGGAGCGCAAGCGGCUCACCCGGAUCUCUGACCCAGAGAAGUGGGAGAUCAAACAGAUGAUUGCUGCCAAUGUGCUUUCCAAAGAAGAGUUUCCAGACUUCGAUGAAGAGACCGGCAUUCUCCCUAAGGUGGAUGAUGAAGAAGAUGAGGAUCUUGAAAUUGAACUUGUUGAAGAGGAGCCUCCGUUCCUGAGAGGGCACACCAAGCAGAGCAUGGACAUGAGCCCCAUCAAAAUCGUUAAGAACCCAGAUGGCUCCCUCUCCCAAGCAGCCAUGAUGCAGAGUGCCCUGGCCAAAGAAAGGCGGGAGCUGAAGCAGGCCCAGCGGGAAGCAGAGAUGGAUUCUAUACCCAUGGGGCUCAACAAACACUGGGUGGACCCCUUGCCUGAUGCGGAAGGCAGGCAGAUCGCUGCCAACAUGAGGGGGAUUGGGAUGAUGCCCAACGACAUUCCUGAGUGGAAGAAGCAUGCCUUUGGGGGCAACAAAGCUUCUUACGGGAAGAAGACCCAGAUGUCAAUCCUUGAGCAGAGAGAGAGCCUGCCUAUCUACAAACUGAAGGAACAGCUGGUGCAGGCUGUACAUGACAAUCAGAUCCUAAUUGUAAUCGGAGAGACAGGAUCUGGGAAGACAACACAGAUCACCCAGUACCUGGCAGAGGCAGGCUAUACUUCCAGGGGCAAGAUUGGGUGCACCCAGCCCAGAAGAGUGGCAGCUAUGUCUGUGGCCAAAAGAGUAUCAGAGGAGUUUGGUUGUUGCCUUGGUCAAGAGGUAGGCUACACCAUUCGAUUUGAGGAUUGCACCAGCCCAGAAACAGUCAUCAAGUACAUGACAGACGGCAUGCUGCUCAGAGAGUGCCUGAUUGAUCCCGAUCUCACUCAGUACGCCAUCAUCAUGCUGGACGAGGCACAUGAGAGGACCAUUCACACAGAUGUGCUCUUUGGGUUGUUGAAAAAGACAGUUCAAAAACGACAAGACAUGAAGUUGAUUGUCACCUCAGCCACCCUGGAUGCAGUGAAGUUUUCUCAGUACUUCUAUGAAGCACCCAUCUUCACAAUCCCUGGUCGAACCUAUCCAGUGGAGAUUCUGUACACAAAGGAGCCCGAAACAGACUACUUGGACGCCAGCCUGAUCACAGUCAUGCAGAUCCACCUGACAGAGCCGCCAGGUGACAUCUUGGUUUUUUUGACUGGUCAGGAAGAGAUCGAUACUGCUUGUGAGAUCCUGUAUGAAAGAAUGAAGUCACUGGGACCUGACGUCCCAGAGUUGAUCAUCCUCCCAGUGUACUCUGCUCUUCCGAGUGAGAUGCAGACCCGAAUCUUUGAUCCAGCUCCUCCUGGCAGCAGAAAGGUGGUGAUUGCCACCAACAUUGCAGAAACAUCUCUGACCAUCGACGGCAUCUACUAUGUGGUCGACCCUGGAUUUGUGAAGCAAAAAGUUUACAAUUCUAAAACAGGGAUUGACCAGCUCGUGGUGACACCUAUUUCUCAGGCUCAAGCAAAGCAGAGAGCUGGCAGAGCUGGGAGAACCGGCCCAGGCAAGUGUUACAGGCUGUACACAGAGCGUGCCUACCGGGAUGAAAUGCUGACCACCAAUGUGCCGGAAAUCCAGAGAACCAACCUGGCCAGCACAGUGCUGUCCCUCAAGGCCAUGGGCAUUAAUGACCUGCUGUCCUUUGACUUCAUGGAUGCGCCGCCGAUGGAAACUCUGAUCACAGCCAUGGAGCAACUGUAUACGCUGGGGGCCCUGGACGAUGAGGGCCUGCUCACUCGCCUUGGCCGCAGGAUGGCAGAGUUCCCUCUGGAGCCAAUGCUCUGCAAAAUGCUCAUCAUGUCUGUGCAUCUGGGCUGCAGCGAAGAGAUGCUAACUAUUGUGUCCAUGCUGUCUGUACAGAACGUCUUCUACCGACCCAAGGACAAGCAGGCCCUUGCAGAUCAGAAGAAGGCCAAAUUCCACCAGACAGAAGGGGACCAUCUCACCCUGCUGGCCGUGUACAAUUCCUGGAAGAACAACAAAUUCUCCAACCCAUGGUGCUAUGAGAACUUCAUCCAGGCUCGUUCCUUACGCCGGGCCCAGGACAUUCGAAAGCAGAUGUUAGGCAUAAUGGACAGGCACAAGCUGGAUGUGGUCUCCUGUGGUAAAUCCACAGUGCGAGUGCAGAAGGCCAUCUGCAGUGGCUUCUUCCGGAAUGCUGCCAAGAAGGACCCCCAGGAGGGCUACCGGACAUUGAUUGACCAGCAGGUGGUCUAUAUCCAUCCUUCCAGUGCUCUCUUCAACAGACAGCCCGAAUGGGUGGUAUACCACGAACUGGUGCUGACCACAAAGGAGUACAUGCGUGAGGUCACCACCAUCGACCCCCGGUGGCUUGUGGAGUUUGCUCCGGCUUUCUUCAAAGUCUCUGACCCAACCAAGCUAAGCAAGCAGAAGAAGCAGCAGCGCCUGGAGCCUCUGUACAAUCGGUAUGAGGAACCGAACGCCUGGAGAAUCUCCCGUGCUUUCCGGCGGCGCUGAAAGACAGCUGACCACUCGCCUCUCCUGCAUCAUGGCUUCCUCUGGCUGAUAAUAAGCUAGUCCUGUAGUGACUUAAUCUUAAACUGAGCAUUUUCCAAGCCUGACUCUCUCCAUAGUGUAAGACAGAAACAUCUAAGCAGGACUUCGGCCAGAGCCUUUAAUCCCAGCACUGGGGACACAGAGGCAGGAAGAUCUCUUGAGUUUGAGGCCAACCUGGUCUACAGAGCAAGCUCCAGGAUAGCCAGGGCUACCAAGAGAAACCCUGUCUUGAAAAAAAAAAUCGCACACACACAAAAGAACAAUUAGAUAAGUUGUGUAUCCUGGGAUGGGCGAGGGGCACGCGUGACUGUGAUGCCUGACGGGCCCAGCAAGGGCCUCAUACCCCAGCUCGUGCUGAAGGAGUGAACCACGACUCUCAUGUACCAUGUUGGCCCCACUCCCUACCACUCCCCAGCCUCUGUACUUGGGUUUCUACCUCCUGGAAAUAUUUAUUUUUUUAAGGAAACAGUGGUUUACUAUGACUUUAUCUCGUUGGGCAGGGGCAGCUGCAAGGUUAGGCUCUCGGCCUGAGUUCAGUGUGGUGCACGUGGCAGAGCCUCCUGAUCCCACAGCCUAGGCCUCUCUAGGUCCAGACAUGAUGCAUGGGCCAAACCUCCAGUCUGUCUUUCAGCACUGCUGGGCUAGCUCAGCCUUGUCAGCUCCAGAUUAACCAAGUCUGCGCCAGAGUGCGUCAGUCUGGCACCUUGAUCCUUUGUCUCCUUCCUGCCACUGUCGUUGAGCAGUGUGUCCUAAUUCCUUUAAAACAGCAAAGAACACUGUGACAGUGUUACCUCACUGUCAGCAGAAAGCAAGCACUGCUCUCAGCUGCUUCGAGUUGACUUGUGGUCUGGGGAGGGACCCAUACCUUCACUCCUGCUAGUGGUUUUCCUAGUGCCCCCUUCUAAGAACUAUGGAGGUUCUGUGCUGAUGAGAGACCCAUCAUCCUGCCAAGCCAGACUGGAGAUGCUGGGUGCCCUGGGGAUCUUGGGCUCAUCCUGGGCCAUGGGAUCUCUCCUUCAGCCUCACAUUAGUAACUUGUAACUGUAAGUUAAGUGCUGAAUAGUAGGCCAAAUGCCUAAAGAGAGGAUGUUUCCUUCCUGUUACCCUGUGGACUUACACAAGAUCAAAGCAGGAUCCCAGGAUCCAGCUCCUGGUCUCUGUAGUAGAGCACUUGACAGUUGA